CAUAUGUGUCAUGGAAGUUUGGCCUCCUCAGUCAGACUUUUCUUCAAACCUUGGUUUGUUUGUUUGUUUGUUUGAUUGAUUGUUUCUUUUGGAAAGCAGAUGUGGUGUCCUGGAUGGCACAAACCGAGGGAAAUAGUGCUUUGGAGUGAGGACUUAAGUAUGGAUCUAACUAGGGUUUAAGCAUCUAAUGGGUGCUAGAGGCCUGAAGCAUCUACCAGUAUCUACAUAGUUGCUCCUUGUUUCCUGAGGUUCCUAUGCACAUCUCCUGCUGCUACACCGGAGCCUGCUGAUGAGGAAGAGGGGUUGUCUAUAACCCCAUGCCCCUGGGCUGUGGCCCUCGCACUGUGUCUGAGUGGACUGUCUGCUUACCGAGUUAGCAAUGUAAAGGGCAGCCUUUGAGUGGAGAGUCUCAAAGCCAUUCCUCCUGGAGAGACAGCCUGCUUCAGGGUCCUGACAACUCUCUUCCGUCUGCCUGCCAGGACCACGAGGGGGCUUUCCGUGAGCCUUCCCUGGGAUCCUGGAUGGGUUCCUGGUGGUAAACUUGCAAGAGCGUGACCCUAACACUGUGCCACUCCCAGCUUCUCACUCAUCUCCAUCCACACCCAGCCUCCAGGAAUUUUCCCAAAUGGUGUAUUAUCCUUACCCUACUCUGCCCCUACCAGCCUGGGGCAAGGGAGCUGUGACCGUGUCCUUCCCUACCUGUGCCUUAAUUUUCCAGGGGCUCUGCAGUUGCCAGGCACUUUGUGUGGUCACCCAAUUCCUAAGACCAUGUUUUUCAGACUCCUAUUCUGCUUUCCUUGUUCAGUUCAGCCUAUACUACUGAUUGGAGCAGGAGGGGAGGAGGGGGAAGUGGGGUAUUCUUAUCCCUGCUGUCUGCCCCCCCCAUUAUCCAACAAUGACUGUCUUCCCCUCUCACCUUUGAGGGUCGAGCUGCAGCAGCUGAUGGUCAUAGCUUCUUGUCUCUAGCCAGCUCCUGCCACCAGGGACUUUGUGGACCACCGCUGCUAUGGAAAAACUCCACGUUGUCUCACUAUCUCCCUCUGUGGCUUCUCAACCUCUGUGUCAUCCAUCAGUUGUGUGUUAAGUAUGCUCACUCUUAAAUACUUAGAGAUGAGAUAUUUGCUCUUUUAUGAAGACCUUGACUCAUUGCUGCCACCCCAACCCCCUUUGAGGCUCCAACCACAGCUCGGUAGAAUCUAAGCAGCCCUAACCACACUAACUGGCAGACAGACUGCCACGGGGCAAUUCGAGGAGACAGCAGAGAAUGGGUAUCUAGCUCGGUGGUGGAGACCACGUGAGAACGUGUGUGCCAGAACAGAUAGGAUGCAUGCUCCAGGGAAGAGCCGGUGCUGCAGUCCUCGUUGGCAAGUGCCAGGGUGUGGGGUGUUACGGAUUCCGGGCCCAAGAGGCAGUGUAUAUGUGUGCUCUUGGGGUGAAGCUGAGGCAAGUGCUGCGGGUGGGACCGUGGACUCGUAUCUACAGGAGAGACACCCAUUAGGGCUUCCUAUGUAGAAAGGACCGAGGCCCGCGGGUUCUGGGCUGUGGGUGGAGAGUUCCAUGGCCAGGGGAGGACAGGAGCCUGGGCAUGGCCAAGGAUGUAUUGUGAGGUUGCUGCCUCUUCCCUCCUACCACGGGCUCAAACUUCACUUCUUGUGAGGUCCCGGGCAACACCACCUGUCUCUUGCACCACACCUCCAUUUUUAAACACUCUGCUAAGGUUCCUGUCUGGCUCAGAGAUGGGUGGGACUACAAACCAGGAGUCCCUGCUUUGGGCUUUGGAAUUCUUGCUCCUUGGAGGCCAAGUAGGGUCCGUCCCAAGACAGGAAGCUGAGACUCCGAGGUGCAACCGGGCAACGAGGCUUCCCAGAGGCCAGGCCACUGCCCUUGUUGGAAAGGCUCGUGGCCAGGAGGAGGGGGCUGCCCGCAGAGCGGGAGUCAGGCUGUGUCCUGCUUCUCCAGUCCUGCAAGAGUGCUCCCAAGCAGAGAUCGCCUGGAGGAUGGCGGGGCGACGGGCUGUGGCCGGGAUCGGGCCCGGGGCGCUGCUGGCUCUGCGUGCUCUGCUGGCCGCCGCGCACCCGCAGUGCCUGGACUUCAGGCCGCCCUUCCGGCCGCCGCAGCCGCUCAGCUUCUGCGUGCAGUACCCCUCCUUCGGCUGCUGCCCCGCCGAGCAGGACGCGGCGCUGGCCCGGCGUUUCCGGGCACUGGAGACCCGCCUGGACCCCGGGAUGUGGGCGACGUGUGCCGGCUACGCGCUGGAUCUGCUGUGCCAGGAAUGCUCGCCCUAUGCAGCCCACCUCUAUGAUGCUGAGGAUCCAGCCACGCCCCUGCGGACGGUGCCUGGCCUAUGUGAGGAUUAUUGCCUAGACAUGUGGCAGAUCUGCAGAGGCCUCUUUCGACACCUGUCCCCUGACCAUGAGCUCUGGGCCCUGGAGAGCAACAGAGCUAAGUUAUGCCGCUACCUGUCCCUAGAUGACACCGAUUACUGUUUCCCAAGCCUGUUGGUCAACGAGAACCUGAACUCAAACCUGGGCCGUGUAGUGGCCGACGCCAAGGGCUGCCUGCAGCUGUGUCUGGAGGAGGUGGCCAAUGGUCUUCGAAACCCUGUUGCUAUGGUACAUGCCGGGGAUGGAAGCCACCGCUUCUUUGUGGCAGAGCAGGGGGGGCUGGUGUGGACCUACCUGCCUGACCUCUCUCGCCUGGAGAAGCCCUUCCUGAAUGUGAGCCAAGCAGUGCUCACCUCCCCCUGGGAAGGGGAUGAGCGUGGCUUCCUGGGCCUUGCCUUCCAUCCCCACUUCCCCCACCCCAGCAAGCUGUAUGUCUACUACUCUGUGGGGGUCGGCUACCGAGAGUGGAUCCGGAUCAGCGAGUUCAGAGUCUCUGAGGACGAUGAGAACACCGUGGAUCAUGGCUCAGAGAGGAUAAUCCUGGAGAUUGAAGAACCAGCCUCCAAUCACAAUGGGGGCCAGCUGCUCUUUGGGUAUGACGGUUACCUGUACAUCUUUACCGGCGAUGGCGGGAUGGCCGGAGAUCCUUUUGGGAAGUUUGGAAAUGCACAAAACAAGUCGGCGCUGCUGGGCAAGGUGCUGCGCAUUGACGUGGACCGCAACGAGCGCGGCCCGCCCUACCGUAUCCCGCCCGACAACCCAUUCGUGGACGACCCCGGAGCGCGGCCCGAGGUCUACGCCCUGGGCGUGCGCAACAUGUGGCGCUGCUCCUUCGACCGCGGAGACCCGAUGUCUGGCACUGGCCGUGGCCGCCUGUUCUGCGGGGACGUGGGCCAGAACAAGUACGAGGAGGUGGACCUGGUGGAGCGGGGCCGCAACUACGGCUGGCGUGCUCGCGAGGGCUUCGAGUGCUACGACCGCAAGCUGUGCGCCAACGCCUCCCUCGAUGACGUGCUGCCGAUUUUCGCCUACCCUCACAAGCUGGGCAAAUCAGUCACUGGGGGCUACGUGUACCGGGGCUGCGAGUACCCCAACCUCAAUGGCCUCUACAUUUUUGGCGACUUCAUGAGUGGGCGACUGAUGUCCCUCCGAGAGAACCCUGAGACAGGCCAGUGGAAGUACAGUGAAGUCUGCAUGGGCCGUGGACAGACAUGUGCUUUCCCAGGCCUCAUCAACAACUACUAUCCAUACAUCAUCUCCUUUGCAGAGGACGAGGCUGGGGAGCUGUACUUCAUGUCCACGGGCGUGCCCAGUGCCACAGCCGCACGCGGGGUCAUCUACAAAGUGAUAGACCCCUCCAGACGGGCGCCUCCAGGGAAGUGUAAGAUACACCCUGCUCAGGUGACAGUGAAGAGCCACCUGAUCCCCUUUGUGCCCAAGGAAACCCCUGUACCUAGCACUGUGACUGACACCUUUCAGAGACCGGAGACCCAGCAAGUGUCAAUUGACCUGCAAGUACAAGGCAUCUUGUUUAACAGAACCUUCAGCCAGGUUCCAGGCAGUGGGGAGGCAACCCCAGGGGGCUGCAGCCUCAGACAGGGUGUGGCAAGAAGAGUGUAGCUGUAUCAAGCAAGGAGGAACACAGAGGAUGUCUGGUUCAUCCGGACACCAGAGAGCACUCCUCGACCCACGGC